AUGUUGGAUCGAUUAGCCAACAGUGAAGCAAACACUAGACGUAUAGGUAUAGUGGAAAAUUGUGUUGGAGCAGCUGGUCAGCCCUUAACUAUACCUGGACGAGUUCUUAUUGGAGAAGGAGUCUUGACUAAAUUGUGCAGAAAGAAGCCUAAAGCAAGGCAGUUUUUCUUAUUCAAUGAUAUUCUUGUGUAUGGCAAUAUUGUCAUCCAGAAGAAAAAAUACAACAAACAACAUAUUAUUCCUUUGGAAAAUGUUACUAUUGAUUCCAUCAAAGAUGAGGGUGAUUUAAGGAAUGGAUGGCUUAUUAAGACACCGACCAAAUCGUUUGCAGUCUAUGCUGCCACUGCCACUGAGAAAUCAGAAUGGAUGAAUCAUAUAAAUAAAUGUGUCACUGAUUUACUCUCCAAAAGUGGGAAGACACCUGUUAAUGAGCAUGCUGCUGUCUGGGUUCCUGACUCGGAGGCCACUGUGUGUAUGCGCUGUCAGAAAGUAAAAUUCACACCUGUUACUCGUCGCCAUCAUUGCCGCAAAUGUGGCUUUGUUGUAUGUGGGCCCUGUUCUGAAAAGGGAUUUCUUCAACCCAGCCAGUCCUCUAAGCCUGUGCGGAUUUGUGACUUCUGCUAUGACCUAAUUUCCACUGGGGACAUGGCGGCAUGCCAGCCCGCCUGGUCGGACUCCUACAGCCAGUCGGUGAAGUCUCCUUUAAACGAUGUAUCUGAUGAUGAUGAAGAGGACAGCAGUGACUGAGGAAUGUUUGGAAAUAUUGUUCAGGUGUGACUGAGAAUUCAGUUUGGGGGGAAUGUCUAAGCACUCUCAAUUCCACUCGAGCCAUGACUUUGCCUGAGAAACUGAACCUCUGUGCCUCACUAGAGUCUGUAGGAAGUAGGUCCUGCCUCCUCCUCCCCUGCCCGUACUCUUCUUCAGGGAUAGACUGUUGCAAAUGGAUACAGUUUUGGUUUCUUAUGCUUAUUUCCAGAUUAUUUUCUUGGGUUGGUAAAAAUGUUUAUUUAAUAGAUUCUGUACCACAUUGUUAUUUUUAUUUCAGUUAUAUGGGAAAACUGAAAGCCCAGAAGGAUGGAAAUGAGUUUAAUAUGAUCACUUAAUAGUAUUAACUUUUUUCUAAUCAUCCUAAUGAUUA